AAUCUUCACAUAUUAUCCACAUUUUCUUCUUCUUCUCAAUAUAUUUCUUAAAAAUUCUUCUCUAUAACAAACACAUGGGAAUUUUAUCACAUUGGCAGAUUGUUAUUGUAGUUUCUAUAAUGGUAAGCACUACUGUGUCUGUGUAUGGUGCAGGCAACUUCAAUGAUGAGUUUGAACCCACAUUUGGUGAUAAACGCAUUCGGGUAUUUGGUCAAAGUGGUAAGCUCCUAUCUCUCACCCUAGACAAAUAUUCCGGAUCCGGGUUUCGAUCCAAGAAAGAAUACUUGUAUGGACGUCUUGAUAUGCAGAUGAAACUUGUUCCUGGUAACUCUGCUGGCACUGUCACUACAUUUUAUUUGUCUGCUGAUCAAAGUACUGGUAGACAUGAUGAGAUUGAUUUCGAGUUCUUGGGAAAUGUGAGUGGCCACCCUUACACAGUCCAUACCAAUGUAUUCAGCCAAGGGAAAGGCAAUAGAGAGCAACAAUUCCACCUUUGGUUUGAUCCUACCAGAAACUUCCACACUUAUUCUAUUCUUUGGAGCAGAAAACUCAUCAUGUUUUUGGUGGAUGAAAUACCACUAAGGAUAUUCCGAAACCAUGAGAAACAUGGAGUUGCAUUCCCAAAAAACCAGCCGAUGAGGUUACACUCUAGCCUUUGGAAUGCUGAUGAUUGGGCUACACAAGGUGGUUUGGUGAAGACAGAUUGGUCCAAGGCUCCCUUCACUGCCUACUAUCGGAACUUCCAUAUCGAUGCCUGUGUUGCGGGUAGCAGCUCAUCUUCCUGUGCUGCUGAGCCUGAAACUUCCACCAGCUCAGAAGGAAAGGCUAAUGGAAGAAAUACACGCGCUGCGUGGAGGAGCCAUGAUCUUGAUGCAAAUGGUAGGAAGAGACUGAGAUGGGCUCAUAAGUAUUUUAAGAUUUAUGAUUAUUGCAAUGACUUGAACCGGUUUCCUCAAGGUUAUCCUCCAGAGUGCAGGUACAACAGGGUUUAGGAAAAUCAUUGUUGGACUGUCUAAAUCUCCUUGUUAGGAGUAUAUAUCAUUGCAUAAUACUUUAACAAGGAGUUUAAGUGAUGGAUGUUAUUCUUUGUACAUGACUAUAUGUAUUUGAUUGUUAAGAAACAAAUUCAUUUCAUUUGUAUUCUUUUGACUGUUGAAAAUAAAACUCCUGUUA